AUGGGUUGUGCUGCUGCAAAAUCUGAGAAAUAACUUAGCAAAUAAAAUUCUCCUGUUGGUCUUAAAAAAAUGUCUAUAUCCAAUGUUUCUUUGAUGUAAGAAACUGAUAAGAUUGAAACAGACUUUAUUUUCCAUGCUUUGGAUCCUUUAGUAAGUAUACUAUUUAUUUAAUAACUAAAAUAGCUAGGAGAAACUACAUUAAGAAAGCAGUUUCUAAGAGCAAUAAUGCUACUAGAAUUGUAAAGAUUUUUAAUUGUUUAAAUCUUGGAUCAACUGAAAAGUUAGAAUUAGAGAGAAUAGUCAACCAUUUAUUACAAAUUGUAAAAUUUUAUGAUAUAUGUUAGAAACAUUUAAACUUGAUUCGCAUAUUAUCAUACUAUUAUAAUGACAACAAAUUGUUUUUAGUGAGUGAAUUUAGUGAAGGAGGCAAUCUAUUAUCUCGUUUGGAUCAUUUUAGCCAACUUCAACAAUAUAAUAUGAUUGAUGUGUUUUGUUAGAUUAUGGCUGGAGUUUAAUACUUACAUAAUUAAGGAAUUGCACAUGGGUAUGUUAGGUUGUGAAAUUUUAGUAAUAUCUAGCUUGAAAGCAUAGUAUUUAAGGAGAAAAACAUGGAGAAUGUUAAAUUAUUGGACUAUGGAAUCCCAAAUUCUUUUAAAUAAAUAUGUUUAUAAUGGAAACCUAAUGGAAGUAUUUAAGAGAUAUCCUUUAAAUCACCAGAAGCCUUAAGAUAAUCAGGUCUUACAUCAGCUAAAUCUGACAUCUGGUCAUGUGGAUGUCUAUUGUACUUCUUUUUAACUUCUCAUAUGCCAUUUUAAUCUAGAGAUGUUUAAACUUUAAAAACGGCAAUAUUAAGAGGAAUUGUUAAUUAUGAAGGCUCUGAAUGGUCACAUAUCAAUCCAGAUAUGAAAUUAUUAAUUAGUAAAAUGCUUAGUUCCAAUCCAUAAGCUCGUCCUACAGCAGCAGAAAUUAUUAAUCAUCCAAUUUUUGUGAACAGAGCAAGAAUAUUAACUAAACCAAAUAAACAACUCUCAAAAAAUAUGAAGGAUUUUAAAGUAUAUAAAUACUUUAUCAGCUUAGUAAUAAUCUUAAAUGCAAAAUGCCAUGUUAAAUUACAUUGCUGAAAACAUGUUAUAAGAAUAAGAUAAGAAAAAAUUAAUGGAAGAAUUCUAAAAAUUUGAUUUGAAUAAAGAUGGUUUGCUUACAAAAGAAGAACUCUUAAAAGUUUAUAUUACUAUGUAUUCAUCUGAGUAAGCUAAUUAAGAGGUUGAAACCAUUUUCUCGAAAGUUGAUUAAAAUCAUAGUGGUAGGAUUGAUUACUAAGGUAUAAAAAUUAGUAAAAUUUUAGAGUUUGUCUUAGCGACUAUAGAUUAAAAAAAAUAUUUCAAUAGAGAAAAACUACUAAUGCUAUUUCAAUAAAUUGAUAGAGAUCAUAGUGGAUAAUUAAGUAAAUUAGAAGUUAAGAAAUUAUUGAGAGAUAUGUAAAUACCUAAAGAAAAACUUGAUUAAUUAUCAUAAUAAUUAGAUUAAGAUGGAGAUGGACAGAUAACUCAAGAAGAGUUUUUAUAAAUUAUGUUAUCUAUUGCAUGA